AUGGCUAUCUUUACUCGUGGUAAGAGCAAAGCAAUCAACUCGCCCCGAUACCUCACUCUUCGUCAUGCCCGUCGAAGUGCAGCGGCCCAUAGGGCGGCUCAGGGCAUCUUGGCAGCCGCAGCGCCCGCAGAUCCCGCAGAAACGCAGCUGAAGCCUGGCGAGGAGAAACUCAACUCCUACUGGGCUCCUGGCCUGGAGGCCGGAGAGGAUCAUCAAAUCGUGGCUACGCAAAUCGUCCAAGCGCCCACGACGGACACGGAUGACAAGCCGUUGCGACUCGUUUCCAAGCAGGAUUUCUUUGUCGACGCGCCGCAGUUCUCGCUCCCCCCUGGCUCUGUAUAUUCCGUAUAUCCCCCCAAUGGAUAUUCGGACGACCAUCGCAUUCUGCCUCAUGUAGUCCUCAGCGACCCGCAUCUGCCGUGGGAGAGGAUGGGCAGCCCGGCUUCAGAGAAAAAUGGACUCCAGGAUGAACGCAACAAGGUGCCGUGGCUAGCCCUGUUCACCUUCACCAACGACGAGCUGAAGCUGGCAACUGGCGCCUUGGGUGGCCAGACUUGGAAACAGACAGAUACACUGGCCGUCAACAUGACAGUCAAAGACCUCCGGGCCAUUCCUAACGUGGCCAGUCCCAUAACGGAUGACAUGGGACCGGACGUGGACGACGCAACGGGAGAUUUCAUUUUCACGAAACCGGAGCUGUUCAAGAACUUAUUCUCAUUGUUCGACGAACAGAACAGAAGACAGGAAUCUGGCCGCCCAGAAACGACGCGUUACCAGUACCUGUCUCACGUUCGCGAGAUCAACACGUCGGCGGGUGUCGAAGAGAUCGGCAUAUUCUCCAUCGUUGUCGGCAGCCGGUCCGGGCCGUUGGAUAACGCCUCCCCGGUCGCAGUCUUUGUUCAUCUAGUGUCUAUCGAAGGUGUCGAAGAUAUGACGAGCUUUCCAACAGAGGAUUAUGUAGCGCUGUGCUCUCUCUACAGUUGGACUUACACCGUCAUGCCUCCAGGAAUGCUCAACGUCCACGAAGCAUUUGACAACAUUGGCAAGAACAUCGACGUCCUGCGUCCUUCUGCUAGCAUCACGGAUCCCCUCAGCAACGGUGGGAGGAUAAAACAACGAAUAGCUGCUCGUCUGCGAGAUGGCUACUCACUAGUCAGGUACCGUCCUCAAACCGGUGAGCAGACAGUGGCCCUGUACAGAGGCCCCUUGACGCCGACGGUCGUACAGCCGUCCGACGCCGUAGCCAAGGCGUGCUCCAACUCUGGCCAAGACUUGCAAGUCCUGGACCGCAAGGUCGGCAUCAUGGACAUUAGCUACUCUACUGCAUGGAACUUGGGCCGAACAAUGGCCCUGGGCAACCAAGCAUUUGCCGCGGCCCUGUCCCGGCUGCGAGCGACGAUCCAUGCUCGGACUAUGAAGACUUUGAAGAUAUCGGCCGUUCGCUCAGCCGGCGGCCAGGAGAGCUACCGCAGCCGCGCGGACGUGUUGCGUGACCUCAAAGAUACCGUACAUGACUUGAAUAACAUACACGCUGCAGCUCCAGGUUACACAUCAUCACCGUCUUUCCGAGCUGGUCCUCCCCAGAAACGCUGGUAUCGACCACGGCUGACCCGUAGUCAAAUUCCGUCUUUGCACUACAACGCUGGCAAGAUCAAAGAUAAUUACCUCGAGGAAGCCACAAACAUCGCUCUGGAUCUCGGAAAGGCUACGGAUGGAAGCAUAUACGACGAGACCAACACGCCAGUAUCCACGGACUGGAUGAUCGUGCUGGCUUUUGUCCUGGACCGCAUGUUCCUCUCGGGAGUGCCGGCGCACUACCUGAUCAGCGAUCCCACACACCUCCCAAUAGAGACCCUGCGGUUCUUCUACAUUGAUCCCGGCUGGGUCGACGCCAUGGUCGACGGCGCUCUCAGUCUGGCCAACCACUCGGGCGAGGACAGGGACAGAGUGGCCAUUAAAGCCGCAAUAAAUGCCUACUUGACACAUAACCCUGAGCAUCAGCCAGAGUAUACGCCUCAGAUACCUCGCUAUGGCUUCUAUCUGCGGUCUGAUCUUGUCUCCAUGUUCCCGGAUCUCAGGGUGGAAAUCAAGUCGGUGUCGACCAUCGGGCAAGCACCGCUAUUGCGACACGAAAUAGUUACCGAUGGCGUCAUGAUGGGUCUCGUGGAUCGUCAGCCAGGGCUGCCCGAGUUCAAUUCAUUGGUUUUUACCCAGCCACCUCACCAGCAGAGAUUCGCCAUCGGUUGGGAGCUCACCAAGCUGCAGGUUGACAUCGACGUGCGGAAGCAACACACUAUAUCUGUCCCACCAGACGAAAGAGAAAAAGACGCCCUAGAGCCAGGGAUUGUACUGAAGCCGACAGAUGCGAACAAUUGGUUCAUCUGGAGCGCGGAUGCCGCCUCUGGUGCCGAUGACGUGCGCCUCCUGCGCCUCCCGUAUUUUGCUGAACAGCAGCUGGCCUUGCUACGCGUGUGGUCAGACGAGGAGGUCUCCAAGGGCAAAAAUAGGCCUUUCGACGACGACACGGCCAACUCGGCCUUGUUGGCCAUGCAGCUGAGUGAUCCCAUCUACAGCCUCACCAUCAAUCUGGAAGGGAACCAGGCCACAUCCGCCGCUAUGCCUCCCCUAGCAGGAGGGACGGCCUUGACAUCUCCCAAGAAGCCUUUCGCAUUGACGUCCACUGCUCCCUCGAGCAUCACGCCGCUGGCCAAGCCUGAUGGGGAUGAAGCGAAGGGUAGUGACGACGGCAUCGCGGCCACCACCACAUCAGUGAAAUCCUUCUCGGUUGCUUCCCAGCUCACUCGACACGAGGAUUACAAAGUUGAGUCGCAUGCCCAUCAAGUUAAUCUAAGCCCCCACGUACGUGCCAUUCCUCCAUGCAGCACGAGGCAACCCUCGUCUCCGUCUCUAGCCGCGUCGGUCCUGGAAGACGCAGGCGACACUUUCGAUCCGGCCAAUCCGCCCAAGUAUAAUUGCAUGGUCUAUUCUAUGGCAAAUGAGGACAACCAGGUUGAAACUUCAGGUGACAACCGCCAACAGGAUCUCAUCUUCAGCAUUCACGUUGAGAACAACCAUAACAGCGACUACGAACUGUUGGAGCUGGACAUCCGAAUUGCCCUCGGUCCCGUAAACCCAAAUGACCACCGACUCCUGUCCAACUACGACGGGACCGGCCCCCGGAUGCUGGGCAGUCUACGAUUCAACGUGCUGCCCCAGAUGGACAAGAGGGCGGGCAUCGAUUACCUCGUUUUGAGACUUUUGCCACGGAGCGUGACCAAACUCAUCGACAUCAGCAUGGUCCAGGAUAUGAGCUUCUUGCUGUGCUUGGCUCAAGUAAACAAGUUCACGCGUGACAGCCCCAGAGCAAGCGAAAUUACAAUCCUGACGCUGCAGACGGAGGCGAUCUAUAGAGUUCACCCGCACGAUAUGACUUUGAGUGAUUCAUUUGACGUGGUGCUUAGAAACACCGACGUGGAGCCGCAGACUGCGUAG